AAAAAUACUCCAAAAGAAGAGAAAUCACUUCAACUGAAAAGAAAAGAAUUUCAAAAGAAAAGAAAACACUUCAAAAAAAAAGCAUUUCAGAAGGUGAAAAUCCUUCAAAAGGAAAGCAAGGCAUUCCAGAAGAAUACUUUGAGAAUAUUUCAGGAGAAAAUACUCCUAAAGAAAAGGAAAGAGAAGACAAAACACCAUGCAAGCUCUUGCAAAUGAAGAAAAAA